UUCAAAGCGGAUGAGGAGGUUCUUAGCGGGCUAUAUUCAGUAGUACAACGGAUGGUCACUGAUACCACAGCUACACUUCUUGAGAUGGAUGCAUUUAAUAAUGCAUCAGGGGCAAUCUUUGCCAGCCAAUUGUGUAAAGAAGGUCGGACAAAAUUGCAGCCAGAUAGAUGGUGGCAAAUGUUUGGGCCUUCAACCCCAAACCUUCAAAAAAUUGCCAUCCGCAUAUUGAGCCAGUCGUGCAGCGCUUCUGGAUGUGAGCGCAACUGGAGCAUGUUCGAGCACAUUCACUCGAAGAGGCAAAAUAGAUUGUCUGUGGAGAGGUUGAAUGAUCUAGUCUUUGUUCAUUACAACCUCCGUCUCAGGACCAGACAGAUUUUGGACGAUGACUCCUCUCCAAUCACUCUAGAGGAAGUCGACCCCGAGUCCGAUUGGCUCACUGAGUCCACCGAUCCAGUCUUCACUGAUGAGGACCUUGAGUGGGUUGACCAGGCAGACAGAGAGGCUGAGGCUGCGGCUAUGGCAGAGGAGGAGGAUAGAGCACGAUCAGGCACAGCACCUAUGGCUACUCAAACUGGCACAUCACAGGCAGAGAAUAUGGCUACUCAGUCAUCCAGGACCUACCUUAGACGCCUUUGUAGGAGGCAGAUAGACGAGGCUGAGCCAGAGCUUGAGCCAUAGACUUGUUUUUUUUUACACUUUACAGUUAGAUAUAUGUUUGGGAACAUUUGUGGUCAUGGAUUUUAUAUUAUACAUUGGACAACAUUUAUAACUCUAUAUAUCUAUGUUUUCUAAUUCCUUCAGCUACAAUUUACAUUUCUACGCAUGUGAUGGAUGUAUGUUUAUGUAUGUGAUCAAAUUAGCUUCUAUUUGAUGAUGUUAUAGUGUCUUUAAGCUUAAUUCAA